AGUAUAAAACGCCUGCUGUGUGGGACAGCCCGAGCCACGCAGGAGGAUGGAAUCCAGCAUGAACGUCCUGCACGAUGCAGGCAUCCAGGCCACACACUGGCUGCAGGAGCACUUCCGCGGCUCCCAGGACUUGUUCCUCUUCAUCUCCUUCGCUGCCGACCUCAGGAACGCUUUCUUUGUCCUCUUCCCUAUCUGGUUCCACUCCGACGAGGCCGUGGGCAUCAGGCUCAUCUGGGUGGCCGUGAUCGGCGACUGGCUCAACCUCGUCUUCAAGUGGAUCCUCUUUGGGGAAAGACCAUACUGGUGGGUCCAUGAGACGGAUUAUUACAGCAACGCCUCUGCCCCAGCCAUCCAGCAGUUCCCACUCACCUGCGAGACCGGCCCUGGGAGCCCCUCCGGACACGCCAUGGGUGCAGCAGGUGUGUAUUAUGUCAUGGUGACGGCGCUCCUCUCCGCUGCCAUGGGGAAGAAGCAGUUGAAGACACCCAGAUACUGGGUGCUGUGGACGGUGCUGUGGAUGGGGUUCUGGGCAGUGCAGGUCUGUGUCUGCCUGUCCCGAGUCUUCAUUGCUGCCCACUUCCCCCACCAGGUCAUCGCAGGGGUUAUCUCAGGGAUGGCCGUGGCCAAGAGCUUCCAGCACGUCCGCUGCAUCUACCAUGCCAGCCUCCACCGCUACGUGGGCAUCACCUUCUUCCUCUUCAGCUUCGCCCUGGGCUUCUACCUGCUGCUGCGGGCGGUCGGCGUGGACCUGCUCUGGACACUGGAGAAGGCACAGAAGUGGUGCAAGCGCCCUGAGUGGGUCCACAUUGACACCACCCCCUUCGCCAGCCUCCUCCGUAACCUGGGCAUCCUCUUUGGGCUGGGGCUGGCCCUCAACUCCCACAUGUACCUGGAGAGCUGCCGGGGGAAGCAGGGCCAGCAGCUGCCGUUCCGCCUGGGCUGCGCUGCUGCCUCCCUCCUCAUCCUGCACCUCUUUGAUGCCUUCAAGCUGCCCUCCCACAUGCAGCUGCUCUUCUACGUCCUCUCGUUCUGCAAGAGCGCAGCCGUGCCGCUGGCCACUGUCGGCCUCAUCCCCUACUGCAUCUCCCAGCUCCUGGCCACGCGGGACAAGAAGGCUGCAUAGGAACGGCCCUGCAGGUAACGGGGCUCAGGGGCAGUCACAGACUGUGGGUGCACCCAGCACUGUUUGCUCCCCUCUAAGCCUGCACAGACUGAUUGAGGACAGUGAAGGUGCUGCCCGGCGGCUCCUGCAUGGACCCAUAGCACUGGGCA